AUGGCCGACGGCGGCGGCGAGGGCGAAGCGAAGGAGGAGGCGCCGACCUUCUCUGUCCCUGCAGACCUGGACCUCCGUUACUUCUAUGGACGAGAAGAGCUGGCAGACUGCGCCGUGAGGCUUCCGACCUUUGCCGGAGAAGAGGCGCAGGAGGUAAAAUGCCACCGCCUGGCGCUUUGCUCCUUGUCCGGGUUCUUCUUCCGGAGCUUUCUUCAGCCGAGCGAGCUGCCGGCAACAUCAGACAUACCCAGUCUCCCCGAUGAUGCCGAGCUCCGUCGGCAGAUGCCGGUCCCGGCGCUGUUCCAGCUGAUGCUUCGCUUCGCCUACGCCGCCUUGCGCUGGGAGGCGCUAGAGGGCCAGGUCGCGCCUUGGCAGCUCCCGGGCCUCUAUGCCCUGGCUGUGCUCCUGGAAGCCAAGGUGCUGGCCGAGGCAGCCUACAGCCGGCUGGAGGGCAACCUCACGCCCGGAACAGCGGCCAGCUUGCUGUACGUCUCCAAGCUUCUGGGCGGGAGUUCCGAGGACUUCAAGCGUGCUGCGGACCGCUGUAUUGAGGUGGUCCGCGGCGGCUUCGGUCGGUUGUGUGACAGCCCUGCCUCUCUUGGCUUGCUCUGCAAGAUGCCGGUUGAGGUCCUCGUACCCCUGCUGGAGGACGACCAGCUGGAGAUCCAAAACGAAAGUAGCGUUCUUCGAGCUGUGCGCCACACGCUGUGGCGCCGGCUUCCCCGCGCGGGCAGGUCGCUGAAGCUGAGCGGCCGACUCUGUGAGUCGCCAAAGCUCUUCGCAUCAGAGGGUCUCCAGCUGAAGUGGGAGCUGCAGCUUCUGGAGGUUCCGCUCUCUGAGCUGUCGGCUACGCCCGCGCCACCUGUCGACCGCUUCAGUGCUUCGGACUCCGCUGCGGCGGCGGAGGCGGCUCCGGGCGAAGGCGCCAAGCUACCAGAGCUGUCGCUUCGGCUCCCGGGCGAUGCGGCGCCGGCGGCUCUCCUCCGGGGCCGAAGGGACAACGGCGAGGCUGCAGUCUCCGCCUUCCUUCCACUGCAGAACCUUCCGGAGGGGGAGGAGCCGUCGGCGGAGAUGGCCGCCGAGGCAGCCGACGCCGAAGGCAAGCCUGCAGGAAGGGUGCGCUUUACGCCCUGA